AUGCUGCAGGAGCAGUCGAGGGAUCUCGCGAAGCUGAUGAUGCAUCGUGCAAGCGCACCAACAACAAAACCGAGCAUAGUAGCAAAUGCAGCAGAAGCAACAACGCCACAGACCCUACCGAGUGUGAUGGAGCACUGCAGCAGCCCCAAAAAGGGGGGACUCGUGAAGGCGGGCAGCGGCUGCCUCGAUGACGCAGAGGCGUCACCAAAGAGCGCCGAGGGACUCUCUUCUGGAGCGGAGCAGCACGACAUUUCGCCAUUACACCCGCCCCCGCCAAUGGAGCUGCAGGCGCGCGAGUCGGCGGUGUGUGCGACUCCAAUUGCUGUUGCCGCCGGCGCCACGCUGACGGAUCAGAAAGAACAGCAACAGCAGUAUCACUUGCUGCCCGCUACAGUGGCGCUUCCAGCAGAGGUUGUCCACCCGGCGGUGGUAGAGACGACGCUGAUGGAGGAGCGCAAGCACCUGGAGGGGCUGAGGGACACGCUCGAGGAUGUGCGCCGACUCUACAUUACGCUGCGCUGCGCGCGUCGGAACAUACCGGAGGCGCUGCCCAACAAAGACAACGACGACGACGACAACAACAACCACAAGAAUGCCAAUGCAAGUAAAAACAACAAAAACACAAACAACAACUAUACACCGCUCUCACCACGCAAGUCCACCGUGCUCACGGUGGAAACGUAUCCGGAGACGAGGGCGGAUAACGCUGACGCCGAUGGUGCAGCGAAAGAAUAG